AUGUUCGCCCUGGGCUUGCCCUUCCUGGUACUCUUGGUGGCUCCAGCCGCGGGCAACCUGGGAGUCUUGGGGCCCAAGAACGUGUCCCAGAAGGAGGCCGAGUUUGAACGCAUCUACGAGGAUGAAGUCAACAGCGAACUGGUCAACAUCUACACAUUUAACCACACUGUGACCCGAAACUGGACCGAGGGUGUGCGGGUGUCUGUAAACGUCUUGAACAAGCAGAACAAAGCGCCCGUGCUAUUUGUGGUUCGACAGAAGGAGGCUGUAGUGUCCUUCCAGGUGCCACUGAUUCUUCGGGGACUCUUUCAACGUAAGUAUCGAUACCAGGAUGUGGCUCGAACUCUCUGCCAGCCACCUACCAAAAGCGAGGCGGAGGUCCAAUUCUUCUAUGUGGAUGUGUCCACUCUGUCACUGCUCAACACCACUUAUCGGCUGCGGGUCAGCCGCAUGGACAACUUUGUACUCAGGACUGGUGAACAAUUCAGUUUUAAUACCACUGCAGCUCAGCCUCAGUAUUUUAAAUAUGAGUUCCCAGAGGGAGUAGACUCAGUGAUUGUCAAAGUGACUUCCAACAAGGCUUUUCCCUGCUCAGUCAUCUCCAUCCAAGACAUCUUGUGUCCCGUCUAUGAUCUGGACAACAAUGUGGCCUUCAUUGGCAUGUACCAGACAAUGACUAAGAAGGCGGCUAUCACUGUGCAGAAGAAAGAUUUUCCCAGCAACAGCUUCUAUGUGGUGGUGGUGGUGAAGACCGAGGACCAGGCCUGUGGGGGCUCCCUGCCCUACUAUCCCUUUGGAGAAGAUGAACCAGUUGAUCAAGGGCAUCACCAGAAAACUCUGACCGUCGUGGUGUCUCCAGCAAUCACAUCUGAGGCCUACGUUGGAGGCAUGCUCUUCUGCCUGGGCAUUUUCCUGUCCUUCUACUUGCUGACCGUGCUCCUGGCCUGUUGGGAAAAUUGGAGGCAAAGGAAGAAGACUCUGCUGGUGGCCAUGGACCGUCCCUGCUCAGAAAGUGCCUCUCUGCUUGGUCACCCUCGAGUCUUGGCUGAUUCCUUCCCUGGCUCCUCCCCUUACGAAGGUUACAGUUAUGGCUCCUUUGAGAAUGGCUCAAGUUCUGCUGAUGGAGCGGUAGACAGCACUGGCUCUGUGGAUGUCUCCUACAGUUAUUCAGGAUACGACCAGUUCAAGCGACGCCUCCCCUCUGGCCAGAUGCGGCAGCUGUGCAUUGCCAUGGACCCAGUGAGCAGCCGGCCUCGGCUGGACUCCCUGAGCUCAGUGGAGGAGGACGACUAUGAUACCCUGACUGACAUUGAAUCUGACAAAAACGUCAUCCGAACCAAGCAAUACUUGUAUGUAGCAGACCUGGCCCGAAAGGACAAACGGGUUCUGCGGAAGAAGUACCAGAUUUACUUCUGGAACAUUGCUACCAUUGCUGUUUUCUAUGCUCUUCCAGUGGUGCAGUUGGUGAUCACCUACCAGACGGUGGUGAAUGUCACAGGGAAUCAGGACAUCUGCUACUACAACUUCCUCUGUGCCCAUCCCCUGGGCAACCUCAGCGCCUUCAACAAUAUCCUCAGUAACUUGGGUUACAUCCUGCUGGGGCUUCUAUUCCUGCUCAUCAUCUUGCAGCGAGAGAUUAACUACAACCGGGCCCUCAUGCGAAAUGACCUCUAUGCCCUGGAAUGUGGAAUCCCAAAGCACUUUGGGCUCUUCUAUGCUAUGGGUACAGCCUUGAUGAUGGAGGGACUGCUCAGUGCCUGCUACCAUGUUUGCCCCAACUAUACAAAUUUUCAAUUUGACACAUCAUUCAUGUACAUGAUUGCGGGGCUCUGCAUGCUGAAGCUCUAUCAGAAGCGACACCCUGACAUCAAUGCCAGUGCCUAUAGCGCCUAUGCCUGCCUCGCCAUCGUCAUCUUCUUUUCUGUGUUGGGGGUGGUAUUUGGCAAAGGGAACAUGGCGUUCUGGAUUGUCUUCUCUGUCAUCCACAUCAUUGCUACGCUCCUACUCAGUACCCAGCUCUACUACAUGGGCCGCUGGAAGCUGGAUUCUGGGAUCUUCCGCCGGAUUCUUCACGUGGUCUAUACAGACUGUAUCCGGCAAUGUAGUGGACCCCUGUAUGUGGACCGAAUGGUGCUACUGGUUAUGGGCAACAUCAUCAACUGGUCACUUGCUGCCUAUGGGCUCAUCAUGCGCCCCAAUGACUUUGCUUCCUACCUGCUGGCCAUUGGCAUUUGCAAUCUUCUUCUUUAUUUUGCUUUCUAUAUCAUCAUGAAGCUCCGGAGUGGGGAGAGGAUCAAACUCAUACCUCUUCUCUGUAUUAUCUGUACCUCUGUGGUCUGGGGUUUUGCUCUUUUCUUCUUCUUCCAGGGACUCAGUACCUGGCAGAAAACUCCUGCCGAGUCAAGGGAGCACAAUCGUGACUGUAUCCUGCUCGAUUUCUUUGAUGACCAUGACAUCUGGCACUUCCUCUCCUCCAUUGCCAUGUUUGGGUCCUUCUUGGUGCUGCUGACCCUGGAUGAUGACUUAGACACCGUACAACGGGACAAGAUCUACGUCUUCUAGUGGACGCUGCAUCCCCCUCCCCAUGGAUCUUCAUGCCUUGGCACUUCAUGGAGCCUAGCUAGGCCUAGGGCAGGGUUGUUCGGGACCUUCUGCCCAGUGCCUCAGCGUGAUGGGACAGUUUUUCUGCCUAGCUCCUUAGGAAGGCAUUGGGACAUUCAUGGGAGGACAGUCGUGUUCUCCCUGUAAGCUGGACUCUGCCCUUUGCCUGGGGGAAAGGAGAGCUGGGCCCCUGGGGGGACCUGUCACCUCCCAACUUUAACUUUGGCCAAACUUGCUGCUUCCUCCUCAGUAUUUGGACCCCUCAGAGAGCUUGUCUAUGGGGGAAGGGAAGGGAUGAUGCUCUCUUGUAGGGCUCUUCACCUUCUCCUUUGGCCGUCCUCUGUAUGGGACCUCCACAUCCUCCUUUUUGCUGCAGUUCUGGAUAAGGGCCAGAGUUUGAUUAUCCGUCCAAUUUCAGCUCUUUUAAUGUGUGUGUUGAAUGAGGGUAAAGGUCCUCUAAGCUGCUCUCCAGAGCUAGGAUUGCCCAGUUUGAAUGGAUGUAGGAUACUGAAACCAGAAAGGAAUCUGGGCCUUAGAGCAGUUUCCCUCUGGCUUGUUCCCUGGUGGCUGGGUUGGAGUUUUCUGGGGGAAGAUUUUUUUUUUAAACGAAGGCCAGAGAGCUUAGACUAUGGGCCUUCUUGUAGCCCUGAGCCCUUUGGAAUGGAGUAGCUUAAGAAAAGCCCCAUACUUCCCCAGGAUGAGGUUACCAGAGGAUGAGACCCAGGCCACUUCUUCCCUCCUCCCUCCUCCCUUUGCGUUCUAUUCCCUGGUGCCCUUGUGCCUGCCAAACACCAGGGGGGAUUCCCUCAGUGCCAUUCCUUGCCCCCGAGGCAAAGGGGGAGGAGAUACGAGGGUGACAAAAAAUAUAACCCAUUCCAGCCUCCUGCAGUGCCUAUAUCUAAGGCCAGUCAGGGCCCCCAGGCCUGGGCUAAAGGACUUGGCCCUGUUUUCAUCCAGGCUUCUGUUGUGGGAUUAAAGACUGGCAGACAGACAGACACACACACACACACACACACACACACACACUCUCUCUCUCUCUUUGGAGUUUACAGUGAGUCUGUGUAACUCACACUCCAGCUCUCGGUCAGCCCUUCUGCUGGCCCUUGGCUGCCUCCCACCUGCCCGCCCAGAUUGAGGUGCCAUUGUGAGAGGAAAGGAAUGAGGCUGGGAAAGGGGCUAGGCCUCAGGGUGUAGGAACUUUUUUUUUUUUCCUGGAUUCCCAAUUUUGUUCUUACAACUUUCCCUGGGGAGUCAUGGAGGUUUUUUUUAAACUAUUUUAUGUCCGUUUCCACAUCAUGGUGGAAUCUCUGUUUUCUAUAAAUGACUGCAUUCAAUUAAAGGAAUGACCAGAUGCUUCCA